AUGCGCGUUUUCAAUCAUGCAUUACAGCCUUCAUGGAUGGGUUUGCUGGCUGCAGCUCUACUGGGCACCUCAACUGUGCAAGCGGUAGAGCUAGAUCUUGACGAUGGAGAUUCUAUCAAAAAAGCAGCCAGAAAUAUCGCCACCAACAUGAUGAGUUACUACACUGGUAUGAAUGUCGGUGACACUCCGGGUAAUUUGCCGGAUCCUUACUACUGGUGGGAGGCCGGUGCAAUGUUCAACUCCCUCAUUGACUACUGGUUCUACACGGGCGAUGAUACUUGGAACGACGUCACGAUACAAGCCAUGCUCUGGCAGGCUGGUGAGAACAAAGCAUUCAUGCCAGCCAACCAGAGUAAAACCGAAGGAAAUGACGACCAAGUAUUUUGGGCCUUCGCUGCUAUGACCGCGGCAGAGCGAAACUUCCCAAACCCACCAGCUGACCAACCACAAUGGCUUGAAAUGGCUCAAGCUGUGUUCAAUACCCAAGCUCCGCGGUGGGACACCUCUUCGUGUGGUGGUGGCUUGCGCUGGCAAAUUUUCACGUGGAACAAUGGCUACAAUUAUAAGAACACCAUCUCCACUGGGGGAUUCUUCAAUCUAGCGUCUCGCCUGGCAAAGUACACAAACAAUCAAACGUACCAAGAUUGGGCUGAAAAAGCAUGGGACUGGACUGCCGAAGUCGGAUUCAUGACCCCCGAGUAUCGCUUCUUAGAUGGGGCUAGUGAUCUCACUGAGUGCAAGCCAAUCAACCAGAUUGAAUGGACUUACAAUGCCGGGGUAUACUUGCUUGGCGCAGCUAACAUGUAUAAUCUGACCGAAGAUCCAAAGUGGAAGGAGCGCACCCAGAGGAUCGUUGAUUCUUCCGGAGUUUUCUUCUCUCACGAUCCACCCAACGUGAUGUACGAGCGAGCCUGCGAGACGGUCAAUACUUGCAUGGUCGACCAACGGUCUUUCAAGGGAUAUCUUUCUCGCUGGAUGGCUCAAACUGCUCAGAUGGCCCCUUUCACAUAUGACACAAUCAUAAAACGUCUAAGGGCAUCUGCACAGGCAGCUGCCAAGACAUGUACUGGUGGUAUCAAUGAGAAUGUAUGUGGUCUCAAGUGGACAGAGCAAAAAUGGGACAAGACGAAAGACUUUGGUCAGCAGAUGGCUGCUCUUGAAGUCAUUCAAGCGAAUCUGAUCACUCGCGUUGCAGCCCCAGUCACCAAUGAUGAUGGUGGAACGAGCAAAGGAAACCCUAAUGCGGGUACCAAGCCCGAAAAAGCGAUUCCGCCUGGUCUUGACUACGACAUAACUACAGCCGACAAGGCCGGCGCAGGCAUUUUGACUUUCCUGGUUAUGAUUGGCAUCGGCGGUUCGACUGGAUGGCUGAUUUGGGAUUAA